AUGGAGAAGCACGGACAAGUGGACAUUAUGUUUAACAAUGCCGGUACUGGGGAUGACCCUAAAAGUAGCGUUGCAGAGUAUGAGAUAGAGAUGUUUGAACGCACAAUGAACGUAAAUGCAAAAGGCGUUCUGCAUGGGCGUAAGCAUGCAGCUCGCGGACUAUGGGAGACAUUGCACCUCAUGCAAUACACUGCCUCAAAACACGCAAUUAUAGGGCUCACUAAGAAUGGUGCAGCUGAGCUUGGGAAAUAUGGUAUCAGAGUUAACUGUAUUUCUCCUUCUUACGUUGCAACGGGGCUUCUAGUGGACUUUUUGGGAACAAAAGAUAAGGGUGAAGCGGAGGCGUGGAUAAGCAGCAUAAACAACUUGAAGCGAGUGGUUGUUAAAGAAGAGGAUAUUGCACAGGCUGCUCUGUUUUUGGGCAGUGAUGAAUCGAAAUUUGUCAGUGUUCACAAUCUUGUUGUGGAUGGAGGCUUCUCAGUUGUAAACCACGACGGUGGACUGUCGUUUCGGCCAGGUGUGUUCUCGAAGGACAAUGGUUUUGGUGAUUGGUGUGGUUCGCACAUGACAGGCGCUCCAACGCACAAGGUGUGGUCGCUAGUCAAAGGCAAGACCAACGCGGAUGUGGAAUUCCUGCAAGGCAUCGUUGGUGUUAAUAGCAACCAUUGUGGAGGCAGUGAUAGGACCAGACCCGGUGGUCGUUGUCUAUAA